AUGGUUAAUGAGACCUUAUUAAGCAAGUCAUAAUUAACUAAUUAAUUAAUAAUUUAAUUAGUCAACAAACUUUAGUACCAGGCUUUCAGCAAAUCAGCAGUACCGAUAAAAAUGGAAGGAAACAACACAGCAAACACAGGAGCAACAGGAGACAAGCCAGCAGGAGCAGAUCCUCACAUUAACAUCAAAGUCAAGGCUUAGGAUGGCACAGAGAUCUUCUUUAAGAUUAAAAGAACGACUUAACUCAAGAAACUCAUGGAUGCCUAUUGCACUCGCCAAGGAUUGGCAGUCAACCAAUGCAGGUUUAUUUUCGACGGAGAGAGGCUUAAGGAUGAUGAUACUCCAGACAAGCUAGAGAUGGAAAAUGGGGAUGAGAUCGAUGUCAUGGUCGAACAAACAGGGGGAUUCAGCAUCCAAGCUAAUCUAUAAUCGUGA